AGCGGAAGUGGAUUAAUAGCCAAUGAAAAUUAUUUUUUUCUCUUGUUCCGUUCCUUAAAUAUGGAAGCUUCCAUGACAUCUCAGUGUCUGCUGGAAACAAAGUUCAGUUACUGAGUUAGCAGACGUUUCAUUGUUCUAUUUUAAAUGAACAAACAGGAUUUCCAAAAGUAAUUUUUUCGAUCAGAACAUUCAACCGGCACAGGUUGUGUUUAUACAGCUCUGAAGUCCAAUAGAAGAACGAGUCAAGUGCGGGUGUGUCUAAUCACAGGAAUUUAAAUUAUGUCCAAGAGGUCGAUGGUUAAUGAUCUGUACAAGUCCAGAAAAAGAAUCUGCACUGCCUCCCGUUCCUCUGCCAUAGACACACCUGAGUUUAAUGAUGGAGUGAAUGGAACUUCAUUCUCCACUGCUGAGAUACCCUCUGACACUAAAGUAUCUCUCCUCCAUCUCAAAGAGUUAUUUCCCUUAGAUAAGUUUGAAGGAAGAUUACCGGCAGUGAUAGUGAAACAUCAGCUAUACAGCUUACUGAAGGAUAGGACAGCCGUUGAUAAACAAUUAGAUGAUUUAAAACAAGCCAAUGAGAUUAAGCUGUUCAAGCUUGGUGCUGAGUUAGAUGACUAUUGUAUUGUGUUCACUGAGGCAUAUCGAGAUCAUGUGAUCAGUGUGAUGAAAGAACUCUCCAUCAGCAAAAAUAUUUGUAAUAAAUAUGUGAAUACUGUCAUCAAGAAAUAUACAGAUGUCUGCAUCAACAAAGACACUUUGAUGAAUGAAUUCAGCUUCACUGACUCAGAAAUUACGCAGCUGGUUAAGGCCUCUGUCCUGACAGUUAGGGAUGUAGGGAACUGGUGGAUCGCUCUACCAAAUGCUGGGGUCUUCAUGAAGUGUUUCUUGCGAGGAAGAAAGGCCAUUCUGACAAUGAUAAGGAAAUGUAAAUACCGGGAGAUCCUUCAAACGGAAUUGGAACAAAGGAAAUGGCCUAAGAUUUGUAAGCUUGGACUCCAGUAUCACAUGCAUGAAGUAAUUGGUGCUGAUCUCAUCAAGUGCAUUCAAACAACCUCAGGACAAUUACUCCGUCUCAAGGAUUCCUAGUCCUACAGGAAUCUCAUCUAAUGGUUGCUCCUGUGGAAUUUCCUAGUCCUACAGGAAUCUAAUGGUCUCUUCUGUAGGAUUUCCUAGUACUACAAGAAUUUCAUCACAUGGUUGCUCCUGAAGGCUUUUCAGUGCCAUCUCUUGUACAACAAUGCUGUGAUAGACACAGGAAUCAAUGGCAGAUUUAUUAUAAGUAGCUGAAUCUAUGUGAAAAAAGCAACGAUCACAUUAUUUAUUGAUAUUAUAGAUUUUUGAGGUCAUUAUUAUUUAUUUUACCCAUUGUCUUUCUAUACAUGUUAAUUG